AUUGGGGAAACAGGUUGUGGUCAAAUAGGACCCAAAUGGAAUUUUGAUAAUGCAAACCUUGCGGACGGCCCCCCACGACUUCCAUCGUUGCCUGAGGACAUUCAUCCCGAUAUCGUUGCGGUGAUCGACGUUGUGGGUGGUGUGACGCCGAAUGGAAGAUCGUGGGCCGACAGCUAUUCCUUUGGCAACAAGUGCUAUUGUGCGACAACGUUUGAUCACGACAUUGCGGACGUGCUAGUCGAAACACCGCAGGGAUGGAUGACGAUCCGUCAAGCUUGCGAGUUACUUGGACCGGGUCCCGGUAUUGAAGGACGACCGGUGUACAAUGACAUACAGUGCGGGAAUGGACCACCUAAUAAUGCAGGCGAUGAGCACGUGUGUCCUGGACGAACCGAUGUACGUCGACUGGAACGCGGUAGACUGGCUAGUAUUUUCAGACCGUUGUUUUCUCGGACUGUUUAUAAUGAAAUGCCUCACCAUGAUGCUUCUCCGUUGUACAAUUCACAGCUUGGACCAGAAGGUUGUGGUCAGAUUGGUCCCCGUUGGAAUUUUGAUGCCAUCAAGUCAUUACCGCCAGGCAGCGCCCCCGCAGCUCUGCCCUCUUCUUUAGCAGCCGGAGCAGUGUCUGUCCCAAUGCUACCGGGCUUAGGAGUAAUCACCGGAUAUUUGUUCUGUGUUUUGAACUGGCAACUUUUUGAUCUCGUUCCGUGA